CAUGGCGCGCGUGUCGCGGUCGCUGGCGGCGCCGGGUGGCUGCAGCGACAGCGACAGCGACGAAGACUGCUGGUUCCUCGGGCUCGGCCACGACGCGCCGCAGCCUGAAUUACCUCUGAAUAUGACAUUUAAUGACACAUUGCAGAUAAAAGACAAGGAAGAAAGAUUAAAGAAAGCAUUGACUUCCGGGAAUGUGUCCUUAGUUGAAGAGCUCUUAAACUCAGGUGUGAGUGUAGAUAUUAGUUUUCAAUUUGGAUGGACUCCCCUUAUGUAUGCUGCUAGUGUUGCUAAUGUGGAACUAGUGCAUAUCCUACUCGACAGAGGUGCUAAUGCAAGCUUUGAGAAGGAUCAAUAUACAGUUUUGAUGUCUGCAUGUACCGCACAUGCUUCAGAGGAGCAGAUUUUGAAGUGUGUAGAACUGCUUCUCUCAAGGAAUGCUAAUCCCAGUGUUGCUUGCAGGAAAAAAAUGAGUCCUCUUAUGUAUGCUGCUCGAGAAGGCCACCCUCAGGUUGUUGCUCUUCUUGUUGCUCAUGGAUCACAAAUAAAUGGCCAGGAUGAAAAUGGUUAUACAGCAUUGAUGUGGGCAGCACGGCAAGGACAUAAACGUGUAAUUUUUAAGCUGCUUGAACUUGGGGCUGAUAAAAGUCUACAAACCAAAGAUGGAAAGACAGCUGGAGAGAUUGCCAAAAGCAAUAAACAUUCUGAGCUUUUUAGUUUACUUUCUUUGACUGCAAAUCCUUUGCAAGGAAGGGUCCAGAGCCUAGUUAAGGAAGAGGCUGUACACAAACUUCUGAAAGCAAUCCCUGAUGCACCUAGAGGUCACAGUGUCAGUUCCUAUACAGCUUUUGGUGAUCUGGAAGUGUUUUUACAUGGUCUUGGUCUAGAACACAUGGCAGAGUUACUAAAGGAAAGAGAUAUAACCUUAAGGCAGCUUUUAACCAUGGGAAAAGAUGACUUUGCACAGUUUGGAAUUACAAAUACAAGAGACCAACAGAAAAUCCUUGAGGCUGCUAAAGAACUACAGAUAGAAGAACUAAAAUUUGGAGAGUUGCCUGAAGUGAUGAAGUUAGAAUUCAGUGGUGAUGAGUUCCUCACUUUUCUUCUGAAACUGAAUAGACAGUGUGGUCACCUUACAGCUGCUGUGCAGUCUAUCAUCACCCAGUUACCCUCAAACUCUCAGAAGAUUGUACUGGAGUGGGGUCCACCCCAGAGCUUCACUAAAGUUUGUGAGGACUUGGUCUGCAGUGUUGAAGAUUUGGGUGAAGAAGUUAGUAAAUUGAAGGACCUUAUGCAAAAGUUUCAAAAUGGACAGAAGAAUGACCCCAGUCGUGUGCAACUCCUAGAAAGAACACCCACAUGGAAGAAUAGAUUAAUAAAAAAGGGAGCAGUAACCCUGUUUGGAUUUGGAAUUGUCUUACUUAUGACCAAAGUAACCUUAAGGAAAACCUAAUUUUUAACAAACAUUUUGUUCUGAAAUAUGUUAUCUGUUCACUGGAUAGAACUACAACUUGUAUUUAUAAUGUGAGAAGAUACCUGAAGAACCAAACAAGAACCUGUUACCACAGUCUUCAAAGCUUCAUUUUUGAAGAGUUUAAAUGUUAUAAUUAUCAGUACUUGGAAGUUAGAAACAGAUUACGUUGCAAACUCAAUCCAGCUUUCUUUAAAAAGUGUUCUUUAAAAAUCUACUUUAAAUUUUGUUAUAGCUUGUAAAUUUAGAAAUAAAACCUG